AUGUCAGCGGCUAACCCUGGUGGGCCCAUUCCUCCUUAUCUCAUGUAUGCCGCCUAUCAGCAACAACAACAGCAACACUCUCCCACUGGCGGUCCAGGUUUAUCGGCUACUGAAAUUGCCAUGCAGAUGCAGCAACAACAGCAGCAGCCAAGAUCGGCAUCACAGCCAGCUACUGGUCCUGGCAACAAUCAAUACAUCCAACAACAGCAGCCGUUGAAUAUGCCUGUGUCGCCCCAGGGUAUUAUAACACCUCAGCAAGUCAUGGCUGUUCACCAGAUGCUACGUCGUGAAUAUGAGCAGCAGCAACAGCAACAACAACAGAAUCGAGCGACCCCCGAGGCGGCUGAUACGUCAACUCCCGCUGUGGACCCUAAUAGUAGUGGGGGAGGAGGCCAGGAAGAGCCGUUAUAA